AUGAGUGAUAAUCAGUCGCUUAGAGUAUCACAGGCAUUGGAUAACCUUGCCAAAACUAUCUUAGAACAGAGGGAUUCGUCAUCUUAUAAUGAAAAACUUCGUAGAUUAGAAGCAUUAAUCAAUAUGAUUUUGCAAACUGAUUCCAAUGGUUCCAAAAUGGAUACAACAAAACUAGAUUCGAUUUUAAGAGAAGAUGAUAUUGAGAUAAUUGAAAAAAAUCAUCAAAGAUACGCAUUAAUUCCAGUAAUACCCCUUCGAUCAACAACAGUUAGUAAAAAUAAGAAAAAGAACAAAAUACGUUGUUCGUACUGUAAUGAAAUGGGACAUACUAGAGCUAACUGCGAAAAAAAAUUACAACCACAACAAUGA